AUGGCUGCGCACUCGUCCUUGGACACGGCGAUCACCUUCGCGAGCGGCGCCGCCUACGGCGUGACGACCGUCGCCGUCGGCCAGCCCUUCGACACGAUCAAAACCAUCCAGCAGUCGGCGCCCGCGGGCAAGCGGGAGUCGAUCCUCACGAUCGGCCGCCACCUCUACGCCGCGUCGGGCCUCCGCGGCCUCUGGCGCGGGUCGAUGCCCCUGGUGCUCGGCGGCACGUUCAUGCGGUCGGCCCAGUUCGGCUGCAACGACCUCGCGCGCGACGCCCUGCGCGACACGGCGCUGCCGCGGUUCCGCAUCGGCGGGUUGGUGGACACGCACGUACUCGUCGCGGGCAUGUUCGGCGGCGUCGGCCGCGCGCUCGUCGAGGGGCCGACGGAGUACGUGAAGAUCCGGCAGCAGAUCCUCGGGCCCUGGCGCGCGACGGAGGCGCUCCGGGGGCUGGGGAUCACGAUCGGGCGGAACACGGCGCUUUUCGCGGUCUUCGUGUGCUGGCUGGACCUGGCGAAGCCCCUGGGGCUGCACCCCUUCUUCUACGGCGCGCUGUGCUCGAACCUGAGCUGGCUCAUGCUCUGGCCGGCGGACGUCGUCAAGACGCAGCGCCAGAGCGGCAAGCACGGCGACGCGUCCGCGUUCGCCCUGCUCGCGCGCGCCGCGCGGACGGGCACGCUCUACCGCGGCCUGCUCCCGGGGCUCAUCCGGUCCUCCGUGGCGAACGGCACGUCCAUGAGCGUCUACAAGUUCGUCCACGCGGAGCUCUCGAGGCUCGCGGGCGUCGAGCAGCACAGCAACAUCUAA